UGUUCCUUCAGGGACACAGAAAAAUGCUGCUGCAAUUCUUGUGAAUUCUCUUCUUCCCCUUACGAUAGAGACGAUGGCAGAACGCGGCAGCUUUGGACGAGGCUUCGGCCGAGGGGGAGGGCGUGGCAGAGGACGCGGCCGUGGAAGAGGCCGAGGAGGAGCAGAAGACGACUUGAAAGACUGGGUGCCUAUCACCAAGCUGGGGCGCCUCGUCCGUGAUGGAAAAAUCUCCUCCAUCGAAGAGAUCUACCUCUUCUCUCUGCCCAUCAAGGAGUACCAGAUCAUCGAUCACUUCUUCCAGCCUGGGAACUGCGCUGCACCCCUGAAGGAUGAUGUGAUGAAGAUCAUGCCUGUCCAGAAGCAGACCCGUGCCGGUCAGAGGACUCGUUUCAAGGCCUUCGUCGCCGUUGGUGACUCCAACGGCCACUGCGGCCUUGGCGUCAAGUGCGCUAAGGAGGUUGCUACUGCUAUCCGAGGAGCCAUCAUUGCGGCCAAGCUCAGCCUUGUCCCAGUACGCCGAGGAUACUGGGGGAAUAAGAUCGGUGAGCCGCACACUGUGCCCAUGAAGGUUUCGGGCCGAUGCGGAUCUGUGCGUGUCCGUCUCAUCCCCGCCCCCCGUGGCACGCACAUUGUCGGCGCUCCGACCACCAAGAAGAUUCUGGGUUUCGCCGGCAUCAAGGAUUGUUUCUCCAACUCGAAAGGAUCUACGAAGACGAGAGGCAACUUCAUGAAAGCGUUGUUCGAUGCUCUUAGCCAGACCUACGGGUACCUGACACCCGAGCUGUGGACUCCGACCGUUUACACGAAGUCUCCGUACCAGGAGUGGUCCGACUACCUGGCUCGCACGACCAAGGACAGUGCUGUGUCGCGACCGCUCGCCUAGAGAGUUUUGCAUCUGAUUGCGUGCGUUGUUAGCUGUUGCAUUGUGGCCGUCAUAUCUAGACCGGUCAAGUUACGCAUGCAUUGUGACGUCUCCAAAGACUGAAGUUCGCACUGAAAGACGCUUCUGUCCUUA